UGAUCCAACUUAAACAUCUCCAUUCUCAAUGUAUAGUGCUAUGUAAUUUGGCAAAUUAAGGAGAACACAAUAUGCGAUCAUGUUCUCCAACAUAACUUCCAAGCUUAUUGGAUGUGGUAGGCUGAUCAAAAUUUAUAGUAACUGAAAAUAUUUGAAAUCCUAAAAAUCAAAACCCUUAUAUAUACCAGGCCAACUUUAUAUAUAUAGUUAUGUCAAUUACCAUGGGCAUGUUUAAUCCCAAUGUUCACAAUAUUUCAAGUCCACUGGAUUAUACUUAUUCUGCCAUUAAUCUCUUUCCUUCAACAAAGAGAAUGAGAUUCCAAGAAAGGAAGACAAUCAAAACGGAGGAUGCUGGCGCAGCCCGAUUUGCUGUUCGUCGUGGUGUUGCUCGGCAAGGGGACAAUAAAAUGGUAACAAUGUCAAUGUCCUCCUCAUCUGUUGUUGCUGAUGAAGCAGAAAAGCCUGUGAUGGCUUUGGAGCUCUCUGCGCUGGUGACUGUAAGGAGACCUCUGAAGUCAAAUAUCCAACACAUGAUACGUCACUGGUUUGGCGGCAACCAUGACCAUUCCAACCGGGGUGUUGUUUUACAGCUUGUCAGUACUGAAACUGAACCAGAAUCAACGAAGCCAAAACUGAGCUACGAAGCUGUACUAGAUUGGUCCAAGGAUCUAAAACUGGGAAGUGCUGAUCAGAAAAGCACUUAUCAAGUUAAAUUUAUGGUGGAUUCAAAAUUUGGGAUGCCAGGAGCCAUCACAGUGAGUAACAGAUUUGAGGAGGAGAUUUAUUUGGAUAGCGUCAACAUAGAAGGUGUUGUGCAUAUUGCCUGCAACUCUUGGGUUCAACAAGCUGAUGGGUCCUCAAAAAGAAUCUUCUUCUCUACUAAGGCUUACCUACCAAGUGAGACACCAGCAGGGCUAAAAGAGCCGAGAGAGAUGGAGCUAGAGCAGCUGAGGGGUGAUGGGAAAGGACUUAGAACGCCAUUUGAUAGAAUAUACGACUAUGACACCUACAAUGACAUCGGAAAUCCAGAUGAGGGAGUUGAAUUCUCCCGACCAAUUCUUGGAGGCCACAAGAAUCCGUAUCCUAGACGUUGUCGAACCGGACGCCCUCCAACCAGUACAGAUGAGAAAAUAGAGUCGUCGAUAAACGAAUCGACGGCAUUUUACGUGCCGAGAGACGAAGAGUUUGAAGAGUCCAAGAUGCAAGCUCUCGAGCUAGGAAAGUUGAAGGGAAUUCUCCGGCAUAUAAUUCCUACCCUUACAACCAUUUCCGGCGACAACAAAGUUUUCAAGUGGUCCUCAGACGAAAUUGGUUUGUUUAAAGACACGUCUUCACCAGAGCCUUUGAACAAAGUUCAAGAAUUCCUCAGAUUUGAACGUCCAAAAUUGUCAUGUCGGGCAAUAUCUUCCGGGUUGGAAGACGACGAAUUCGGACGUCAAGCAAUUGCCGGCAUAAACCCUCUGAGCAUCGAAAGGCUCACGGUUUUCCCACCUGUAAGCAAAUUGAACCCCUCCAUUUAUGGUUCACAAGAAUCGGCACUCAAGGAGGAACAUAUAACAGGCCAUCUCGACGGCAUGUCCGUACAACAGGCAUUAGAAGAAAACAAACUGUUCGUACUAGACUAUCAUGACAUUUUCCUUCCAUUUCUGGACCAAAUAAACGCUUUCAAUGAUCGAAAAGCUUAUGGAACGCGUACAAUUUUGUUCUUGACGUCAAUGGGAACGUUAAAGCCUAUUGCUAUAGAACUCAGCUCUUCUGCAACCAACUCAGUUUCACCAUCUAAGCAGGUUCUCACUCCUCCAGUUGAUGCUACAACAAAUUGGCUUUGGCAGCUCGGUAAAGUCCAUGUAUGCUCCAACGACGCCUGCGUUCAUCAACUGGUUCACCACUGGUUACGCACUCACGCCUGCAUGGAGCCAUUCAUAAUAGCAGCCCACCGGCAGCUGAGUGUGAUGCAUCCAAUUUACAAGCUUCUCAGUCCUCACAUGCGGUACACCUUGAAGAUAAAUGCAAUGGCCCGUCAGUUUCUCAUCAACGCUGGAGGGAUAAUCGAGUCUGAUUUCAGUGCCGGUAGAUACAGCAUGGAGAUUAGUUGUGCUGCUUAUCGAGAUUGGUGGCGCUUUGACCUUCAGGGCCUUCCUGCAGAUCUGAUCAGAAGAGGAAUGGCAAUACCGGACUCUACCCAAGUCCACGGGAUACGUCUACUGGUCGAAGAUUACCCUUAUGCAACGGAUGGACUCCUCAUAUGGUCGGCAAUGGAGACAUUGGUUCGGACCUAUGUCGAUUACUACUAUCCUGAUGCAAGUGUGGUUCAUUGUGAUACAGAACUCCAGGCAUGGUACAACGAGUCAAUCAAUGUAGGCCAUGGCGAUCUUCACCAUGCUAGCUGGUGGCCGAAACUCUCAACUCCAGAUGAUCUUAUCUCCAUACUCACCACCAUCAUUUGGGUCUCAUCAGCACAGCACGCAGCACUGAACUACGGGCAAUAUCCAUAUGGUGGGUAUGUCCCGAACCGCCCACCACACAUGCGGAGACUAUUGCCGCAGGAGCAUGAUCCCGAGUAUGUUGCUUUCAUAAGAGAUCCACAGAAAUACUUUCUAUCAUCCCUGCCAGGUUUAUUUGAAGCAACGAAGUACAUGGCUGUAAUAGAUAUCCUUUCAACGCACUCACCGGAUGAGGUAUAUAUCGGGGGGAGAAAAGACUUGUCAACCUGGUCAGCUGACACGGUGAUCACCGAGGCAUUCUACAGAUUUUCAAUGGAGAUGAAGUGCAUUGAGAAAGAGAUUGAACAAAGAAAUGCCGACUUAAACCUUCGGAACAGAUGUGGGGCUGGAGUGUCACCAUACCAGCUGCUCAUGCCAAGCUCAGAACCAGGGAUUACGGGCAGAGGAGUGCCGAAUAGUAUAUCAAUCUGAGGUUAAUGAAACAAACAGUAAUUUCUCAACUAGAUUUCUAGCAGUUCAGUACUCCAGUUCAUGAGAAGAAGCAGAUUUGCAAUCCCAAAUAGCACAAUUCCAACAAAAACCAUAAUGCAUCAGGAUUAUGCAGAUACAAUCACGGCUACAGAUACCGGCCAGAGACGAAAAACUCCACCACUUAAAACCCCUUUAAAUUCCUGUAAAUCCAAAUUCCGAUUUCAACACAUUUUAACUGCCGUCAAGAUUCAAGAUA